AAAAAUAUAUAUACGUAUACAAAGUGAUUCCGUUUAAGUAUUGUGAUUUUUAAAGUAAGGGACACCGUGUAUAUUACAAUUAAUAUUAUUUUGACAGAGUCAUCAAUAUAUAAAUAUUAUAUAUACUGUCAACGUGUUAUAUGUACAUCUAUUCAAAAUAAACUAGAAAAACAAUGGUGAAAUCACCCACUUCGUCUAUUACUGGUGCCAGGGUUUCAAGAGGAAGGCUAUCAAAAAGUUCUAAAAGCAAAACUUCUUACAGCGCAAUAUGGGAAAACGAUUUCGAUUUAUAUUUUCAAAGAUUAUGCAAUCAAGAAAACGUGUCAAACAUCAUAAAUUUUACCGCUUUACAGGAUGAACCAUCUUUAAGGAGCUUUGGCAGUAAUUUAAGCCUUAGCCGGAAAUCAAGAAGAAGCUCUCAACUUCAAGCUAAUAUAUACAAUACAAUCCUUACUAUAUACGAAAAUGCUGAAACAAAAACAAAUCUUACAAAAAUAAUAAUCAAAUACUUAAAAUUGCAACCAAAACUUAUAGAAGUAUUGGGUAAAGCACUAAAAAGUUUCAGCUCCGUUACAAUUCUGAAAUUAGAAUUUUGCAAUUUGAAGCAUGAACAAAUUAUAUUGUUAAAAGAAAUAUUAAAAGAAAACAUUAAUAUUACUGAACUUAGUAUAGCUGGAAAUCCCAACGAAUUUCAAACAUUUCACCAACUUUUGAAGAAAAAUAAACUGGAAUACGUGUCUAUGAAAUUAUGUGAAAUAGACGAUAGGGGUGUAGAAAAAAUUGCCAAGGUAUUACGAGUGUUCGAUCACCCACUAAUUUAUUUAAAUCUAUCCAGCAACAAAAUAUCAUCAGAAGGUACAAAGCAUUUAUCUCAAAUGCUACGAAUUAAUAGAAAUUUGAAAGGUUUGAAUCUAUGUGAUAACUGGAUAACUGACGAAGGAGUUAAUGUGAUAAUGGAAGCUCUGAAAAAGUUUUCUCUUUCACAAGACGAACUUUAUAUAAGAAGGAAGAGGAUUUUUGAUUAUUUAUUAAGAAGAAAAGAUUUGCUGCUGAAAGGACUCGUAAGUCCAGGGUCUACUUCUGUCGAAAUUACAUCAAGCAGAUCAAAAAAAAGUGCAAGCAAAUUAAAAGAUAGCACUGCCAAAUUAAUUAAAGGUAGGUCUUCAAGUAUAAUGAAAAAACGGCCUACUAGCGCAUCAAGCAGUCGAAAAUUUUCUACGCCUUCAAGCAGUAAAAGAAUGAACGACGAAUUUGAAAAAUUAUUAGGAAAAGAUCUCCACCCCUUCGUAAAAGAUUCCCAACCAUCUGAGUUAGAAAUAUUCUGUACGGGAAAUCUCACCCUUGUUCAUUUAAAUUUAUCAUAUAAUAAAAUCACAAAAGAUGGUAUUCAGGAUAUUAUAAACACUUUAAUUCAUCAAGACACUAUUAUACUAAAUAAAGAAGAAGGACUCUCGAGCAUUGUGCUAGAAGGAUAUCCUGAUUGCAUUGAUAAAUUAAAGGAAAUUAUAGAAAUAAUUUAUCAUAAGUUGACGAAAACGUAUACAAUCAGUAGUAAAACUUUGACAAAUUCCAGUUUAAGAAAAAAUAGAUCAACCAGUAGAAAAUCCAUUUAAAUUAAAUUAUAGUAUCUAAUGUACCUAUUUGAU